ACAGUCACUGUCAGAGCAGGCUGAGUAUCAAGCAGACCUCUGGGUACUCCUCACUCUCUCUCUCUCUGUCUGUCCCAGGAUGUCUCUCCUCUGGGGGGUCCUCUCUCAGGUGCUCAGCUGGACUGGUCUCUGUCAGCUCAUGUUUCUGGCCUGUACAGGACUAGGAGCUGUGGUCGCAGUUGUGACGGUGAGGCUGUUGGUGCGACACGCCUGGUUCACGUACAGGCUGUCCUGCUUCAGCAAGCCACAUGCAAACUUUUGGCUUUUAGGCCACUUGGGCCAGAUGCAGUGCACAGAAGAAGGUCUCCUGCAGGUGGACGACUUGGUGCAGAGGUACACACACUCUUGCAGCUGGUUCCUUGGCCCUUUCUAUCACCUGGUCAGACUCUUCCACCCUGACUACGUCAAACCUCUGCUAAUGGCACCUGCUAGUAUCACAGUGAAAGAUGAGCUCAUCUAUGGCCAUCUGCGUCCAUGGCUUGGACAGAGCCUGUUGCUAUGCAACGGGGAGGAGUGGUCCCGCAGGAGACGUCUGCUGACUCCGGCUUUUCAUUUUGAUAUUCUGAAGAACUACGUCACCAAGUUUAACACCUCAACUAACAUCAUGCACGACAAGUGGCGCCACCUGGUGGCUAAAGGCACGACUAAUGUAGAGAUGUUUGACCACGUCACUCUGAUGACACUGGACAGUUUACUGAAAUGUGCCUUUAGCUACAACAGCAACUGUCAGUGGUCUGCCAGUGAGUACGUGUCAGCCCUGGUGGAGCUGAGCGACCUGAUUAUAGACCGUCGGCAAAAGAUUUUGCACCACUGGGACUGGUUUUACUGGAAAACACAGCAGGGCAAACAAUUCAGAAAGGCCUUAAACGUUGUGCACAGUUUUACCAGGGAGGUGGUUCAGAAGCGCCGAUGCCUGAUCAGCCAACAUAAGAAUACAGAAACAGAUUUUACCACAGCACCACAGAGAAAGAAAGAUUUUGUGGACAUCCUACUGCUGUCAAAGGAUGAGGAUGGACAAGGCCUAACAGACGAGGAGAUACAGGCUGAGGCCAACACCUUCAUGUUUGCAGGUCACGACACAACAGCCAGUGCGAUUUGCUGGACGCUGUACAAUUUAGCACGCCACGGGCACUAUCAGGAGCAAUGCAGGCAGGAAGUGAUGGAUCUGAUGCAAGGACGAGACAGACAUGAAAUAGAGUGGGAGGAUCUGUCCAACCUUCCCUUCACCACCAUGUGCAUCAGAGAGUCUCUCAGGCUGCACUCUCCUGUGCAGGCUGUAACGAGGAAGUACACCCAGGACAUUGCACUGCCAGAGGAUCGGACAGUACCAAAGGGUGCCAUCUCUUUGGUCAGUAUUUAUGGGACACACCACAACCCUGCUGUUUGGACAAACCCACAUGAGUUUCAUCCUCUGCGUUUUGACCCUACAAACACAGCGGGACGGGCUUCUCAUGCCUUCAUCCCCUUCUCCUCAGGCCCCAGGAACUGUAUUGGUCAGAAAUUCGCCCUGGCAGAACUCCGAGUCGUCGUGGCGUUGACACUGCUCAGGUUUCGUCUGACCCUGGGGGUGAACCCUCAACUCGGGUCCCGCUCCGGGGGAGUUCGCCGUCUCCCCCAACUCGUCCUGCGUGCGGAGGGAGGUUUGUGGCUGCAGCUGGAGCCUCUGAUCCCGCACAACCUGGAGGAGUGUCAGGAUGAAUGAUCCAACAAGACAACGCCUAAC